GGCCAGAGGAGAACUCACAGAGUGAAACCAGAAGCACAAAGAAAUUCUAAAACCACGUUCAAGACUUUGGAGCAUUUUCAUGGUCUCUCCCUGAGUUCUGUGAGCAGUUUCAGUAUGAAAAAUAACCAGCCAAAUGGUGCCCAGUUUGUUAACUCUGGGUUUCAGGGCGAUGAAGGACGACCUCCUCCAUAUGUCCCACAGAUGGGAUUAUAUCCAUCAAUCUCACCACCUCCAAGCUACACCUUUGAACCCAUCAACACCCAGCAAACCGCAAUGCCUGGAAUACCACACAAUACAAGACAAAACAAAGGAGUAUCUAGGUAUCCACGCAAAUAUGUUGUGUGCAUAUCUCUGUGCAUGAUCCUAGUUCUCCUGGUAGUGACUGCAGUCUUGCUCUGGUACUUCUUAUAUUAUCAGUGUUUACUGGGGAAGUUAUGCAAAACAGAUGGUGCAUGUUUGAGCCUGUCCCAGUGGUGUGACGGUGUCAAGGACUGUCCGAGUGGAGAAGAUGAAGCCCAGUGCUUUCGAAUGCAUGGGACCAACUAUCUGCUGCAGAGUUACGUGCCAGACAGUGGCACGUGGAUGCCCGUGUGCGCUGACAACUGGAACAACAACUACGGCAGAGCCAUGUGUGAGCAGAUAGGCUACAAGAGACAGGAGUAUGUGAGCUCCACCCAAACCAGUGCAGGAUCCAUGGCCUCCAACGGAUACAUGAAGCUGAAACCUGGAAGUAGCCCUUCAGGAUAUAUAGGGCCACAACUCAUUCAAUGCAAAAAUUGUGCACACGCAGUCAGCCUGAAAUGUAUUGAAUGUGGACAAAGUCCUGCAGCCCCUAGCACUCGUAUCGUAGGGGGAACAGACGCAGCACCCGGGGCUUGGCCAUGGCAGGUCAGUCUCCAAAUUAACAACCAACACCUUUGCGGAGGAUCCAUUAUAACCCUGUACUGGAUCGUGUCUGCUGCACAUUGCUUCAAAAAAUACAACAAUCCUGAAAUAUGGAGAGUGCAAGCUGGCAAAUUGCGCUUGUCUGAAAUGGAGCAUUUUUCUGGAAACAGAGUUGACAAAAUCAUCAUUCAUGAGAAUUUUGACAGAAACACCCUUAACAAUGACAUUGCUCUGCUUAAGCUCGCCAAAGCUCUGACAUUUACAGAAAAAAUAAAGCCAGUGUGUUUGCCCAAUGUUGGUGUGGACCUCUCUGCUGGAAAACAAGCAUGGAUCACUGGCUGGGGAACCAUAUACUCAUCUGGUACCAAACCUAACACACUGAAUCAGGCCCAGGUGACCAUCUACAGCAGGGAGGAGUGCAACAAACCCUGGGUGUUAAACGGAGCUGUCACAGAAACGAUGAUCUGUGCCGGCAAAAUGAAGGGAGGAGUUGAUUCAUGUCAGGGUGACAGCGGAGGACCCCUGGUGGUGAAAGAUGGAGUGUGGUGGCUGGCAGGGGACACGAGCUGGGGAGUUGGAUGUGGUCAGAGAGACAAACCAGGAGUAUAUGGAAAUGUAACAUAUUUUACUGAGUGGAUAUAUAGAGAAAUGAACACAUUUUACCGCUGAAAUCACAACAAGCACACCUGAGAGACGGUAGCAUUUACUGCUGGAGCUUCAAGGGUAGAAAUUAUUGUUUGCAGUUGACCAAAAACCAAAAGGUGCACAAAUCAAUUUCUAUAUGAAUCGCUUAAUUUUUUUUUUUUUUAUAUUUUUUUUUUUAACUACUGCUACUACUUUACAUAUGAUGCAAUCUGAAUUCUGAUGGGAUUUUUGUUUUGUUUUUGAAAAGCUGCAUUAAAGAUUUGUUAAAAGAAUUCAUAUUUUACAGAGAACCCAGAAUAUAUCAUUUCAUUAUUUUUAAGCUUCUUAUUUUUUACAAAUUAAUGUUUGAAUGUGACCAAAUAAAGUUAUAUGUUGAAAUAAAACUGUUUUUGCACAAAGAUCAGAGAUUAACAUCUGGGUUUUGGCACCAGCUGGAAUAACAUAACACACA